CUCGCACCGAGUAGUGAAUUACUGGAAUUCCCUACCGGAACACGUAAUAUUAGCACCGUCUGUUAAUAUAUUCAAAACGAGAUUGGACCUCCACAGUAUUACAAACUGCAAGGAUUAAUAUAGGUCGACAGACCUCCUAUCCUUAUUACUGAAGACUGAAGACUGAAGACAUAUUUGACUGCAUGCGUUACGCAAGUGGGUUCAUUGUAUUGUUUGUCGAAUUACUUGCUUCUGAGUGUUAUGUAUAUAACAACAACUAUUAUUAGUUGUUGUUUUUAAGCACCAAUCUUAUGCUCAGUGUUUUGUGGGAACAAUAUGAAUAUUCGAUCUGCUAUCAAUAAUUCUGAGUGAUUAUACAACUCUAUUGUAUUAUAGGCUAUAUGAUGUGAGCACUAGUAUAAAUCUUCUUCAACUUCCUGAGGAUUCGUUUGCUUAACUGGUUUAUAUUAUGCUGAUAUUUUAUCCUACAUUUUGCCUAAUUGAUGAAUUCUAUUUAGAUGAAACUAAUAAUUCGGCGCUGUGAUGAACCAUCUGCUUGAUUUCAUCUCGGUUUUUUGGCUUCUAAAUACCACACUUCUAUGACUGCAAAGAAAAAUAGACAUGUACUAAAUUGGACUCCUGAAGAUGUUGUCAAAUGGUUACAUAAAUAUGCCAGUCCAGUCGGUGCAAAAUACUCUGAACUGUUUGAAACAAACAGGAUUAAUGGGAUGUGUUUACGUCUGAUGACGGAUGAAUGGCUACUUCGAUUAGGAGUAGUCAAUCAAAACGAUAGGUCAGCUCUUAUGAGUCAUAUAUAUCGGAUGCGUCUUAAGUACGAUUCUUCAGAUUUGUCGGAUAUGCUUAAAAACAACUAACAUCUGUACUUUGUGUAAAUAAACAUUUCAUUGAGAAAGCGUUUUUUUGCUUUCAUUUUCUUUCAACAAGCAACAUAAUUUGUUUACUUUUUAAGAUGGCUUCAGGUGCUGUAAGUCGAACAGCUCCUAUUUUUCAGUUGGGUAAAUGUCUUGCCGUUCCGAUGCAGUUGCAUGUAGCCAAUCGUCAGCGUCUUUGCAAUCGCAUUCGGGACAAAAUAUCUUCGCUUGAUACUAGCAAAUCUCUCACACACAACCUUUCUGGUGUGUUUGUUGUGCUACAGGGUGGCACUGAUACCUUUCUGGGAGAUUCGGAUGCUGCCAAUGUAUUUCGUCAGGAAUCAUUCUUCCAUUGGACUUUCGGUGUUCUCGAACCAGAUUGUUAUGGGACAAUUGAAGUGGCUACUGGACGUUCUACACUUUUUAUCCCAAAAAUACCAGAAGAAGCUACUAUAUACGACGGUGAAUUAGCUUCGCUUGAACAAUUUUCAAAAAAAUACAAUGUAGAUGAAACUCACUAUACAGAUGAGUAAUUCACUUCAUAUUCAAAAACGAUCAUAUUUGUCCAGUGGUGCUUUUCACGAUUUUAUUGUUGACACUGGUAGUAUCAAAUCUAUCAUGUCAGUUGGAAAGUUGAUGUUAUUAAAUCCCUACGUUAUAAUUAUGCCUACCAAAGUUUAUUUUGAGUAUUACUGGUCAUAAACUUCCUAUUCUUCGAUGUUGUAAUUUACUGAUUAGGGGCGGCAAAUCUUAAAUCCUAAAUUGUGAAUUCCUCAUCACUGACUGUGAACCGUCUAUCCUGGGUCUAGAACAUUUGAUAAUACCUCAAAGUCAGUUUUGCUUAUUGACCAAUAAAGACAGUUCUGAUGAAAAGCUUGAUAACUUGUUAACUAUGGAAUCGAAGUGCCAAGAAUUACGCACAAUUUCGAAGCCCUCUUAUUUUGAUGCUCAAGAAAGAAAUGUCAAGAUCUUGAAAACAGAUCAAUUUUGUUACUGCUGCAAAAUUCAAAGACCCGGAGAGGAGAGGAGAUAAAGUUCUUCAGUGCGGAAUCACCAGACCGUAUGCAAAAUAAACAAUCAUGAAAUCGCUUAAACAAGAAAAUCUUCGUACAAUAACUGGUUUUCCACAAGCUACGAAAGGUCUGCUAAAAGUGGUUGAUAAAUCUAUGGUUUGCGAACCAGUCACAACAACCAAAUACGUUACAAUGACUUAGGUGAUUCUGUUGUUAAUUCUAAAACUAAUGAGUGCAUUCUAGACCAUACAAAGUUUAUCCAGUAUACAUCCAAAGAGAUAAAUGAUGAAUCUAAGGAGAAGUAUAAUCGAUUACGAAAAUUUGGAUUCCCAUUUAAGCUGUAGCGACUGUGGUAUAUGUACAAACUAAUGAUUCUUUUGUAUCUGAUUGCCCUCUGGUUAAAAAUUACAUAUAAAAUACGUUUAUUCGUGUUCAACUAGUUCUAUCUGCCUUAAAUUGUACUUUUCCGGGAAUUCUUAGCACGUUAAUUAGAGUACUUCUUAUUACCAUAGGUAUCCAAAUAGCAAUUAUUAUCUUUUGAACAAGAGUUGGAUUCUGUACAACUUAAUAGUAUGUUAUAUAAAACCUUGGUACUUAACAGUUUUGAGUUACAACUAUCAGAAAGGUUGUCGAUACAUUGUUCUGUAAGUAAAUCCAACUGACAAGUCACUGCCAAAAUAAGAUGAAACAGAUAUUUCCAUCAUGAACUUUGUUGUCAAGUACAAAACGGCCGAAGCAGACUUGUAAAUAGAUAAUAUAGAUAUGAAUUAACAAAAACACAGAGAUAUAGAAUUAUACAGUGGUUAAGAUUUAAGUAAGUAUCAGGAAUUAAUACAAUUACGCCAUUACUAUUGAUUUUAUGAUUUCAUCCAGUGUCCGGAAGUAUUCAACUCUAACCUUGUAUUAUCACAGUAAUGGAAAACUACAAUUUUCAAUUCACACAAUCGUAAUCUACUAUUCGUAUCUUUAUAAACGAAAUGGUGUGUCGUUUUAGGGUAUUUUGAAGUUCUCUCCAAUAUACUCGUACAUAAACCUAUUCAGCACCUCGAGUUUAUCUGCAAAUCUAGUUUUUCGCCAUCUAGUGAUCAAGUGUAUAUUGUAAUACUUGUUUAUGAAACAUAGUUUUAGCAUGUUAAUUGGUUGUAAGUAGUCGGCAGUAAACUCUGAACCUAGGUUUCUUGCUAGUUGUUACUUCUCAGUGAAAGGUACGAUCAGUCUCCAAGACACUGAUAUUCCCUGUAGGAUUCGAACCCGGAUCGUCGAGCUACAUAGUCUGAGACAAUACCACAGGUACUCGGUCCGAAAAAUAGAGGGUUGUUAAAAAUAUCUAAAAUGAAGUUUUUAGUCAAUCGUUUGAUCUUUCUACUUCAAACGGAUGGGGCACACAUUCGAAAUGGGUUUCACUGACUAAAGCUUUACCAGCAAUUUCUAAACGUGGUUGGUACAGUUCAAAUGGAACAUAUUAGAUUGAAUAAUGGAGUAUAUAAAAUAAUAUUUAGAAGAUAUAGAACGACUGCAACUUUACCACGCUACGCUACACAACUUCUCACCAACCAUUUAAUCCCAAGUAUUGAGUGGGCACUGCUGUAUUUGACCUACAAUGUAACUUCGAGAGAAAUCAUGUGACUUUCUGAUCAUUUCAAUACAUCACAUAGUACUACAGAAAAUAGUAGUUAUGAUUUGCGAAAAAAACCCCAUUAUUAUGAUGCAUAAGUGGAUGGUUGUAUUGUACUAUUUCUUCUAUGCUGCAAAUAAACAGUUAUCUGAAUAAUCUAAUAAUAUAUACUCUAUUGACUUAUGCACAUUUUACUUUUAGAUUGCUUCAUAUUUGAGCUUAUGGAAUGCUACGCUUUUGCUAACCUUAUGUGGUGUAAACACAGACAGUCAUCGUCCUACUCCAGAAGCUAAAUUUUAUGGGAUUGAAAGAUUCCAAGUGAACAGAGAUAUUCUUCAUCAUGAAAUUGUAUCAUGUCGCCUUAUCAAAACUGAUAUGGAGUUGGAUGUCAUUCGUUACACAAAUCGUAUAAGUAGUGCUGCACAUCGUCACUUAAUGCGUUCAAUUAAACCGGGAAUGUAUCAAUAUCAGGCAGAAAGUAUUUUCAGACAUUAUUGCUACUUCCAUGGUGGUAUGCGUCAUAUGAGCUAUACAUGUAUUGCAGCUACGUAAGUAAUUCAUUUCGUUGUGUAUUUUGUCUUUAUUGAGCGAUUAAGUUUAUCUGUUCCUUAUCCCAAUCGUUCACUAGUUCAGAAACAAUGUUUUAUGCGUCGAGUCCUUAGUGCUGAUCAGAUCAUGUGUCUACUAACCUUCUGAAUGACUCGAGAUCGUGUACACUUUAUUUGAAAGUUAGAUGAUCGGAUGUAAUUGACAGAAAACUCUGUACCUAGAAUUUGUGCAGGAUUGAGAGAAGAGAAUCUUUUCAAAAAUAAUCGUAAAUAUCUGUUGUUAACGUGUUUCAAAUAGCAUAGUACCUUACUUUCUAUAAUUUAACUGUAACCAUACAGCUAUUUAAUAUUUCUUAUAAAAUUUCAUACUACUAAACUAGUAUUACGAGUAGUUAAAAACGUCUCAACAAGUUUCCG